AUGCACGCCCCCCGAGCCUCCACCGAGCCGUGCGGCGUCCUCGGCGCCGAGGCCGUGCGGCGGAGCGCCUCCGCCCUGUCCGUCGGGCUGGGGUCGGCGGACUCGGGCGCCUUCUGCGGCGGCCCCGAGACGACGGGCUCGAGAGCCCUUGGCGCAAGGAGGAAGGCCCCCGACGCGGCCACCAGGAAGAAGCUGGACGUCAUCGCCGCCGGCCACGCCUCCCGGGGUGGCAGCGAGAUCCAGGUGGACCGGCCCGGGACCAUCCUGAAGAUGCUGGACGCGACGGAGCGCGAUGUGUACAGGCGCUUGAGAGAUACGUAUGCCGAGGACCCCGUCUACGCCUACACUCCGGAGUACCAUGGAGAUGUCAAGGGCGUGGACGACAGCGGCAAGCCGAUAGAGUUCAUCAGAAUCAACAAUCUGUUGAUGGGAUUUCUCCAGCCAAAGGUCAUAGACAUAAAGCUGGGCAUCCGCACGUUCCUGGAGUCGGAGUGCGACAACCCGAAGCCGAGGAACGAUCUUUACAAACGCAUGUGCGAGCUCUACCCCGAAGACCUCACAACAGAGGAAAGGGAGAAGCAGGCCAUUACAAAGUACAAAUGGAUGUCGUCGCGAGACGCGCACACGACGAUCAGUUCCUUGGGCUUCCGUGUUGACGGCAUCGCUGGAUAUCGCAAGAAGCCGCGUGAGUUGUUGGAUCAGACUAUCGCGAAAAUGAUCACCCACGAGGACGUCAUCGCUGUCCUCGCCGAGUUUGCGCAUGUCGCUGCGACGGACGACGGUGACUGCGAGCAUGAGGACAUCGUUUCCGUGGAUAUUGCCGAGGAGAUGUUGCAGCAGCUGGAGGAGCUUUACCACGCAUGCGUGGAGUCCGCUUUCGUGAAGGCUCACGAGUUCAUCGGUAGUAGCUUACUUCUCAUUGCAGACGCAUACGGCAACGUCGGCGUCUCAUGGAUAGACUUCGCCAAGACACACUUCGUGGCAGAGGGCGAGGAGUUGACGCACCGAACUCCCUGGAACAUUGGCAAUCACGAGGAUGGUGUUCUCACUGGCUUGACAAAUUUACUUCAGGCAUGGAGAGAAGUCGUCGCGAUGCUCAGAACAGCGCUUCCUAAAAUGCGCGUGCAAGACUCUAUGGACCUGAACUCUGGCAGAGUGGCUUGUUUCUGUACCAAAUGGAGAGAGAGGCGGGCGCGGAAGCGUAGAAGAGAGAAGGCUGCGCAGAGGCAGCUGCGGUCAAGCCAGUCAGACGUAAGCCUCCUGAGCGCACUCCCAGCAUUCCAAGGAUCGAACGCGCUCGUCGAUGUGUCUUCGCUGCGGCACUUGGUCCAGAUGGGGGCGGACGCAGUAGGCGUCGCCUCUGGGGAGCUUCUGCAGCUGGCGCAGCAUGGGGCAGAGGCUGCAGUCGCCGUGACCUCGCGCGGCGUGGAGGCCGCUGGAACCAUCGCGAUGGCAGCGGGAACGGGAGUGGCGGACGCUGCCGACGCUGUGAGGCGUAGCCUCAGGAAGCCCACCCCGACAGGCCUCAAAGAGAUCCUCCGAGGAGGCAGCAGCCGGAAGGGCACGGACGCGUCGCUGUCGCAGGGCAUCGACGACUGCGGUGACCCUGCGGGUCAGCCCGAUGCGCCCAUCGUGGAGGAGGAGCACAGCCGCAGCGACCUCGGCGAGGAGCCCGCGGAUCCCGCGGCCGUGUCCUCGAGCCCCGUGGGCGGUCGCUGCUCCGACCUCUCGAGUGACGUCGUGGCCAUCUAG